UUUUUUUUACACAUAUACACACUAAGAAAGAAAAAGAACGAAGAAGUAGAGCUAUUUUCCAUUAUAGAGUCAAAGAUGUCACCACUUAGUAUAAAUCGAAACACAGAUAAAUCAUUUAUUUUUGAUAUGAUAAGUGAUACAGCAACAAUUCCUACAGAUGAAAUGUUUGAUAUCAUGAAGGCAGCCUCUCGUGGUGAUGAUGUAUACCAAACAGAUGAAGAUUGUCAACUACUUGAAGAUUAUGUUGCUAAAUUAGUGGGCCAUGAAGCAGGCUUAUUUUGUACAAGUGGUACUCUUUCAAAUCAAUUAGGUCUUCGUUCUUUAUUAUUUCAACCUCCUCAUUCAGUCUUAUGUGAUUCUCGUUCUCAUGUUUUUAAUUAUGAAUGUGGUGGAAUUGCCUAUCAUUCUCAAGCAAAUGUUGUACCUGUCUUUGCUAAGGGCACCUAUAUGACAGCUGAUGAAGUAGAAAGUCGUAUUAAUAAAGAUACUUUAUGUGGUGCUAUUACUAAAGUGAUCUCUCUUGAAAAUACCUUAAAUGGUACCAUUAUGCCUAUUGAAGAAAUUCGUAAAAUUCAUGAUGUCGCUCGUGCGCAUGAUAUCAAGAUGCAUUUGGACGGUGCUCGUCUCUGGAAUGCAAGUGAAGCAUCAGGAACACCCUUGAAUGAAUACGGUCAAUAUUUCGAUACUAUUUCACUUUGUUUAUCAAAGGGUGUAGGUGCGCCUAUUGGCUCCAUCUUAACGGGUCCAAAGGAAUUAAUUACUCGUGCUCGUCAUAUACGUAAGAUGAUGGGUGGAGGUUGGAGACAAGCUGGUAUGUUAGCAGUAGCAGCUCGUCAUUGUAUUAAUACAGUUGUCCCCACCAUGAAAGAGACUCACGCUCUUGCUCGAAAGCUUAGUCAGCAUCUUGAAAGCCUUGGUGUGAACAUUUUAUUACCUGUAGAAACAAAUAUGAUUUUUAUUGAUACUGUUCGUACUGGUAUCAUUAUAUCUGAUUUAGCCGAAGCUCUUAAAGUAAAGAAUAUAAAGAUCUUUAGUAAUCAUGGUACAACAACUCGUAUUGUACUUCAUUAUCAAAUUACAGAAGAGGCUAUUGAUGACUUUAUAGAAAUUGCAACUGAUUUAAUUCAAACCAAGAAGAAAUCAGGUUUCGUUCCUCCUCCUCUUCCAAAUUCAGUUGUUGAAACUGUUGAACAAACUGCUGAAGCAGCUUAUCCUUCCACAGCUAUUUAAACUACAUGUGUGUAUUACAUAUACACACCAUACACAUACAUACAAUAUGUAUACAUAUAAACAUGUAUGUAUACAUCUAUUUUCCCACACACACACACACGCAAAUACAUAACACAACACACAUUCACUUACUCACUCAUUCACUCACUCAUUCACUCACUCACUCUCUCACUCACUCUCAUUUUUCCCCUUUAUUUGUUUGUAUAUUAC